CCCGCUGCCCGGAAGCUGGCAGGGUCCCGGGUCCAGCGUUCUGCCGGCCAUGGAUGAAGCGGACCGGCAGCUCCUGCGGCGCUGCCGGGUGCGCUUGGUGAGCGAGCUGCAAGUGGCCCCGCUCUGGGACGCCCUGCUGAGUCGCGAGCUCUUCACGCCCGACAUGAUCGAGGACAUCCAGCUGGCAGGCUCUGGGUCUCGCCGGGAUCAGGCCCGGCAGCUGGUCAUAGAUCUUGAGACCCGAGGGAGGCAGGCCCUUCCUUUGUUCAUCUCCUGCUUAGAGGACACGGGCCAGGACACACUGGCUUCAUUGCUGCGGACAAGUCGGCAAGCGGUAAAGCGGGAUCCUGAGGCCGUCAGAUCCCUGGACCUUGUGCCAGAGGAGCUGCGUGUGAUGAUGCUGGAUCCAGUGAAGCCAGCCUCAGGAAACCUCACCCCAGUGGUGCUGGGGCCCAGGGAGCUCCCGCCAGCUAAGCUCAGGCCAGAGGUUCUCAGGCCAGUGGACGUUGGUUCUGGAGAAUUCAGGGAUGCCCAUGCUCAGGAGCCGUCGAGGGGAAACACAGAUUUGGCGUACGUCCUGCGCGCGGACCCCUGCGGCCACUGCCUCAUCAUCAACAACGUGAGCUUCUCCCGCGCAUCGGGGCUCAGCGCGCGCCUGGGCUCCAACGUGGACUGUGAGAAGAUGCAGCGCCGCUUCCGCUCGCUGCAUUUCACCGUGGAGGUGACGUGCAACCUGACUGCCAAGAAGAUGGUCCAGGCUUUGGUAGAGCUGGCGCAGCGGGACCACCGUGCCCUGGACUGCUGUGCGGUGGUCAUCCUCUCCCACGGCUGUCAGGCCAGCCACCUCCAGUUUCCGGGUGCUGUCUACGGCACAGAUGGAUGUUCUGUGUCCGUCGAGAGGAUUGUGAACAUCUUCAACGGGACCAGCUGCCCCAGCCUGGGGGGGAAGCCCAAGCUCUUUUUCAUCCAGGCCUGUGGUGGGGAGCAGAAAGACCAUGGGUUUAUGGUGGCCCACGCUUCUCCUGGAGACAGGGCCUCUGGCAGCAACCCUGAGCCAGACGCUGUCCCCUUCCAGGAAGGCUCGAGGACCUCUGACGAGCUGGAUGCAGUGUCGAGUUUGCCCACACCCAGUGACAUCCUUGUGUCCUAUUCGACCUUCCCAGGUUUCGUCUCCUGGAGGGACACCUCGAGCGGCUCCUGGUACAUUGAGACACUGGACAGCGUCUUCGAGCGCUGGGCUCACUCUGAAGACCUGCUGUCCCUCCUGCUCAGGGUGGCUAAUGCUGUUUCAGAGAGAGGAAUUUACAAACAGAUUCCUGGUUGUUUUAAUUUCCUCCGGAAAAAACUUUUCUUUAAAACUUAAAGGGGCCGGGAUGCUCACCCUGCCUCAUCGUCAUCCCAAGACCUUCUGCUGCGGUCCUGGAGGCGGAGAGGCCUGGCCUGCUACAAGUUGAGGGUUCUGUGGCCUGUGCAGGGCCUGCUCCUUCCCGACCCCAGAGGGCAGCUUCUGGUCUGGAGGCAGAUGCCAACUGUGUGGAAAGGAGCAGAAAGUCAUGGGUCCAUAGGACCUCUUCAUCAGUGGCCAGUCCUGGAUCUGUGACCCCACGUUCUCCCUGGAGCAGUGCCUCUAGCCCCACACUGGUUAUUUGCAGGGCCAAACGGCCCUUUGCUGUGGGCCUUCCCUGCCCCGUUCCUGGCUCCCUCCCUCCAGAUACAGGAGCAUCCCUCCCCAAUCCUGAGUCAUGCCAACCAAAAAUAUCUUCAGACAUUGCCAAAUGUGCCCUGGGGGACAGAACCGCCCACGCUUGAGAAUAAUCCAUCUGCAGGGAUUUGGGGCUACAAACCAGCCAGCAUCUCUCUUAAAUCAACAAGCUCGGGCUCUGGACUCUGGCAGCAGGGGCCUGUGAGUUCUGAGUGGAAUUUCAGAAAUUUAUUGCAUUAUCUAGUCUUCACAAACAGCUCUCAGGUGAACAUGGACCCUCUGGCCUGUCUCCCCGUUUUGCUCUGGUGCUUUGUACUUCCUCAUAAUGGAGACUCUGCCUGUUUGAGAAAGUGGUCUUAUUCCACUUAAUCCCCCCUGCAUCCCAAGGGGAGGGGUGAGACCACAAACGCAGAGGACAAGUCUCUUGUCCAGGGGAACACUGUUACCAGAUCUGGCCAGAUCCAGGUCUUCCAAGUCCUGACCCCUGCUUCCCACGUGCCUUCCUUGCUGAGGGACCCCAUCCAGGUAAGAUGACUGUGCUGUGCCCUGGACAAUGCUGGGCUUGCCCAAGCCUGCCCUGGCCCUGAGCCCUGCUGUCCUUGUUUGCAGGACCAUGAGGUCUGGAUGGUCUGCUAAUAAGUCACACCAAGAUGUGAAUCGUGGUAAUUGCUACUUUAUUAGUAUUUUGCUUCUGCCUUCUUUCCAGUUCUGAAGUCCAGAGGCUUCUUUGGUUAGUUAUUUGCAAUGACCUGCAGGACACACACAAGAAAAUAAGCCAGUGGCCCGUGCGGCAGUGUCUCCACCUGAGGAAUUCUGAUGACAUUUGGGAGAGAAACGGGAGACCACAGCUUUUCAUUGACUCCUGGGGUCUUACAGUAAAUAGGGGUCUCAGCCUGGAGUCCUGUUUGGGCUUUAGAUCAGGGGCCUAUCAACCCUUCAAAAUCAUAUGCAGAUGGGCGUGGGCUUAGAUUUUAUUUAGUUUGUUUCUCAAAUCCAAAGUGCUGUUUGUGAGGCACCUGCGACCUGCCUUCAGAGAAUGUUUCCCAGAUCCUAUUCAGGCUUUUUUUUAUUUUUUUGGUGCUGGGGAUUGAGCCCAGGGCCUCUCACCUACUAAGCACCUGCUCAACUACUGAGGUACACCUCUAGCCCCUGAACACUUUACUAUGAUGAUCCAGGACCCACUGAAGCUUCUGGAUCUCUGCAGCACAGAUCCUCAGGCUGGUGUGCGGGACGUGUGUGCAGGGAUGUUCACCGUAGCGACAUAAGGGUGAGAAACAGGAAACAGAAUCCCCUCUCCUCAUGGUGGGAGUGGGGAAACCAGUUACCACUCAAAGGAGUGACAUGGGUCAAAAUGUGACAGGGGAUCAAGUGGAGAGCUAAGUGGCAGAUCAGGAGUUGGACCCUGGUUUUGGUUAGAAGUCUGGGAGCAUCGUUGUACAUCUGUAGGUAUUUUUUAUAUGCACACAUAGCCCAGGUCACGAGCCUGCACUGUUAGCAGUGACGAUAUCUGCAGAGUAGAGACGGAAAGUGUGGGAACGUCAUCUUUUUUACCUGAUGCCCUCCUGUUUUAUUUUAAUAUUUUUAUAAAGAAAUGUUUUACCUUCUGAAAAAGAAAACAAAGCUAGUGACUGCUGAAGGUUCAUGUGUUGCUGUCAUCCAGGGGACAUCUGUUGAGAGGGUGGGAGUCCCGGGCCAUCUGUCUCCUCCCUGCACCUGCCUCUGGGCAGCUGCAGGGAGGAGACAGAUGGGCAGCUCCUGACCUUGACCCACCACCUGUCUAGGUUCACCCAGCAGGUGCUCCCAAGCACCCCCGGGCCUUAGCUGUUUGUGCCUCCUGCUGCUCAUGGUGUGUCCCUGGCCUGGGACCCCUGCAAGGUGCUACCAGCCUCUUGCAGCUGCUGGGACACCCUUUGCCAGGGGACAGCUGGCUGCCUGACUGUCUACUCCGGAACCCGUGGCUGGGCAUUAGUGCCACCCUGGCUGCUUUGUGGUGGAUGCAGCCUCCAUCCAGCUGCCACCCAAGGUUGGCUUCCCAUUGAUCCCCCUGCCAUCUGGCCCGCUCUGCUGUGCUGCUUCUGGGGCUGGGAACAGCUGAGGCUGGGCAACACAUCAGGGCAGUUGCCCUGGGCCCUGCUUUGGGUCUAAAGGUGCUGCCAGGCCCAGCUGCACAGACUCACAGGGCAGCUGGGGCUGGAACAGCUUCCUAGGCCUUGGCUGGGCCAAAGCCCCGAGUGCCCUUCCAUUCAGUCAGCGAGGCCCUCAGCAGUGCUGGUGGCUCCUUGAAAAUGGCAUGCAAGUGUCCUGCCAAAUCCAGUCCUGGCUCUCUAGUCAACAGACAAUGCCCCAGCAUCAACACAACCUUGAAAAUCAACUAACGUUUUUGGAAUCUCUGGGGCCUGUGGCCACUUGGCCAAGCAGAGCCCAGAGGUGGACAAAUGAACAUGGAGCCACCAAGCAGUCUGGGCCAACUCGGAAGCAGCCACCUGCUCGUUUGGACAGCAUGGUUUUCCUCAUGUGGCCAGGCUCACACUGCAAUUUCCUAUUUUGUUUUGUAACAGAGUGACAAUUUAAUUCAACUGAACGGUUUCCUGCAGAUUAAACUUAAACGAGAUCA